UGUGGGCGGAGCAGAGGCAGGGCCCUCCCCCCGGCCGGGCCCCGGAAGAAGAGGAGGAGGAGGAAGCGGGAGGGAUGCGGCAGCCACGGCGCUGAGCCCGCCGCCGGUUUUACAAGGGGAAGGGCCGGGCCAUACCUGGCCAUGUUCAGAGGAUUCCUGUUGCACACGGAAGCUGUCCGGGGAGUUUUGGCACCCACAAGCAGGGACCCCUGCCUCUGCUCCACCUGCAUGUGCCAAGAGGCGCCAGCCACUUCUUCCUGCCCUGAGGAGAGUGCCGUGGAAAGGUGGGCUCACUCAGAAUAAUGUUCAACAUCCACCCUCUGGAGAACCUCAAGGUGUACAUCAGCAGCCGCCCACCCCUGGUGGUGUUCAUGAUCAGCGUCAGUGCGAUGGCCAUUGCCUUCCUGACCUUGGGCUACUUCUUCAAAAUCAAAGAGAUUAAGUCACCUGAAAUGGCAGAGGACUGGAACACUUUCCUCCUGCGGUUCAACGAUUUGGACUUCUGCAUUUCGGAGAACGAGACCUUGAAGCACCUCAUCAACGACACGACAACGCCGGAGAGCGCCCUGACCAGCAGCCAAGCUCGCCCGUCCACCCCCUCCCCGCAGGCGCUCGAGGACUCCGGCCCGGUCAACACCUCAGUGGCCAUCACGCUGACGCUGGACCCGCUCAGGCCUUUUGGCGGCUUCUCCCGGAACGUCACCCACCUGUGCUCCACCAUUUUGGGACACCAGAUUGGCCUCUCCGGCAGAGAAGCCCACGAGGAGAUCAACAUCACCUUCACCUUGCCAGUGGCGUGGAAUUCGGACGACUGUGUCCUGCACGGCCACUGCGACCAAGUGGUUUUCACCACCUGCAUGACGGUGACGGCGGCUGCCACGGUGUUCCCUGUCACGGUGCAGCCGCCCCACUGCGUUCCAGAGACGUAUCUCAACGCCACCUUCUGGUACAAGAUCUUCACGACGGCCAGGGACUCCAACACCAAGUACUCCCAAGAUUACAACCCCUUCUGGUGUUACAAAGGAGCCAUCGGCAAAGUCUACCAUGCGCUGAAUCCGAAGCUGACUGUGAUCGUCCCCGACGAUGAUCGCUCCCUCAUCAACCUCCAUCUCAUGCAUACCAGCUACUUCCUCUUUGUGAUGGUCAUCACCAUGUUCUGCUAUGCCGUCAUCAAAGGCAGACCCAUCAAGUCGCGGCAAAGCACGUCCGAGUUCUGCCCCGAAAAAGUUGCUUUCUCAGAAGCGUGACCCUCUGCCACCCCCCCAGUGCGGCUGCCGUCACUGCCUGCUGAACCCAGGACUGGGGCCUGAUUCGUUACAAAUUACCUUGUGACGUUGGGUUAUGCCAACCAAAGACCUUUUCAAGUGCCUGUAACGGUUAUUUAUACAAACGAACCUGCGUGCGGGGCAGGGGAGGCCCAACGCCGCCCGGACAGCUGGGGGAGCCUUUCCCCUGCUUUGUGCCCCCGGACGGUGACGAGGCACUCGGUAGCAGAGGGCUUUGGGGCACCAGGGCAGGGGGGGGUGUUGCACCAGGACCGUUUGGAUGCCCUCUCAAGCCUCUCCGAAAGAGCACCUCCUCUCUCCCGGCAGCCUCGCUGCGUGUUCAAGGCAGCCCAUGCCUCUGCCGCGAUCCGGCCGCUCCCCUGUGCCACCGAGUCGUUCUCUCCACGGCCGUUUCUUCCUCCGUGCUCGCCCUGCCCGGGUUCUAGUUUAAAAAGAACCGCUCGGGGAUGUUCAUGUUUUAACUCCAGCCGUAGCUAGGAAAGGCCACGAGCUGUACUUUUAGACUUCGAACGGGACGACGGGCCUUUGCUUCCCUUCAUGCGCACCCUUUCCUUUCAAUGUGCCCUAAGAUUUUAAGUCCAGGUAGGCUGAAUCCCUACCAGCUCUGGGGAUCUGGGG